AUGUUUGUCAAUAACAAGAACAAAUUGGAAAGUUACAUUCUUAACAUUUUUAAUAUACCUUUGAGCCGUACUGACAAAUAUUGAAAUAAAAAUAAAAUACAAAUUAAUUUCCAUUUCGUUGGUUUUCAAAAAUCACAUUACUAUAAUGUGUAGUAAUGUGUAUGAUACAUAUUAUUAUAUAUUCAUCGGUCUGAGAUAAGAGGUAUAUAUUUGAUGUAAAAUAUUAAUAAAAAUUGUAAUAUGUAUCACAUUAUAUGUACAUAAUAUAAAAUAGCUUAUUCAAUGAACACCCGAGGACUUAAUAAACGUAACUCCAAAGGCUAUUGAAUGCAUACAGAAUAUAGGUGUUGAUCUAAAAUAAAUUUUAAUAUUUGUAUUUUAAUAUAAGUAUUGUCUAUACUAUUAUUCUUUUUAAACAAACUUAUUAUAAACGAGUACUGUGCAACAUGUAUUGGUGGGUAAAUGUGCCAGAUGAGAUGAUAUAUGAAAAAAAAAAACGAUCGAGUACUCGAGUGGAGGCAAAUUGUUGAUAGCGAGACGAGGCAACAGUCGUCAUUGAUCGUCGCCAACGGAUCGUCGGACGUUACGUUUUGGAGAAACCGUGAUAAGUUACCACCACCCAUCCGCGACGCGUCGUCAUUGGAUCGUUCGCGCGGUAACGUUCCUCGGAGACAUGAGCAACUCAGUUUUCGUUUUUCCGUUAACUUUGCUCGGCAUUCGCCCCUCGCCGUUCUGCCGUGCGUCCGUCUCGACCGUCGUUAAUCUCAGCAGUCAUUUCCGCCGCUGUCACAUCCGUAGCUAACCUCCGCAGUCGAUCUCCACCGUCGUCGCCAUCACAACCAUUUUAGAAAUCUCUACAUUGUGUCCACUGUCGACAUGUCGUCGCCCGAUAUAAACAUGGAAUGCUCGCCACAGUCCAACGAACCGUUAUCGUCGUCAAUAUUGGUUGACUGUGAGCCGUCCACGUCGUGGCAGAACGUCGUCGGACCCUCAGGCACCUUGCGACCAGUGCAGUCACCACUGUCGUCGCCAUUGCAGACAUCAUCACAACUACCGCCGCCGCCACCACCACCACCACCGCCACCAUCAUCAACACAGCAACCUGCGCCAGAGAAAAUGGAUGCAAUGGACUACGUUGAAAAACUGUUAAACUGGGAAUCGUUCGGAGAAACGGUUGAAUAUUACCGAUUUCAGAGGAAUAUUUCGAAAUUAAAAACUGAUGAUGCAACUAUUCCAGACAAAUCAGCUAUAGAGUUCAUAAACACAAAAUAUAUUGAAAACAAUUUUAGAUCGAUAGGACUGAAUAAAAAAUUUGACAAAAAUAAUAUAAUGGAAGCACAAAAAGAAUUUGAAUCUUUUGAAAAUUGGUUUGUUCGAAAAAAUAAUUUUGCUGCUAUAAAAAAUUUUAUGAUUUCUUUUCGUUUACCAUUGUUUUGCCACCUUUAUUUAUGUCUUUAUUCAGAUCAUAAUCGUCAACAAUUGCAUUUAUUUUUGAAUAAAUUUAAGUAUUUGUUUAUGAGCUCCAAAGGUGCUGCCUUACUUGAAGAGUUAAAGAGUGUUACAGAACAAAAAACUUUGCCAUCUCGUCUAAAAGCUCUCCGGGGAAGCAAAUUUGUUUAUCAAGUUUCUCCAGGCUUUUUCAAUCAACUUAUCAAUUUUUUUAAAUAUCAUCAUACGAUUAGAUCGGUAUUUCAAGAGUGGUUUGAUGUUAUUUUUACCAAUAAUAAUGAUCCUUUUAUGAUAUAUGAAAAAUAUUAUAAUAAAACCUUAUCAAAUAUAAAUAACAAAAUUAUGACAAAUCAUCCGAUAUUGAAUAAUAGUGAACUUCCCAACGAUUUUGGUUCCACCAGUACAAUUUUAAGCAAAAAAGAACUAAAUUCACCUCAAAACCAGAAAAAUAGUACAAAUACUACUAAUUUUGAAGAUAAUGUGCUUAUUGCAUCUCAAAGUAUGAAAAUUGAAAGAACUUCUAAUUCUGAAAACAUUUGUAGUGAUGAUCAGCAACCAUCUACAAGUAAAGAAAUUCUAACUUCCAGAAUUCAAGAACCUCAUUCAAGCAAAUGUCAGGAAUUAAAGCCUUCUCAAAACAAGAAGAAAAAUCUGGCGUGUUCUGAUUAUGAAAAUAGUCCUAUCGAACUGUCUUCAGGUGAUGAUUUAGAAGAAUCUAGUAUUAAGAGUAAUGUAAAAAUAAAACGGAAGAAAAACAAAGCUAACCGAUCUUCAUCAAAUAAGCCGAAACAUAAAAGUCACAAGAAACGCAGACGUGAAAAUAAUGAAGAAUCAAUUCAAGGAAACAUAUCCAUCAAAGCUAACCCAGGAAACAAGGAAAGAAUAUUGUUACGAUUUGGAAAAACUGUUGAAAAUAAUUUUUAUUAUUUAAUAAAUGGUAAAGAAUUUUACGCGAAAAAAGAGUCAUCCUCUUUUAAAAAAGAAGCGGAAGAUAAAAAAGAUGAAGAAGAGAAGAAAAAGAAAGAAAAAAUUGAAGAAAAGCGACAGGAAGAAGUGAAAAAAAAGGACAAAAUGAAAGAUGAAGGGCAGAAAAAUAAGGAAAAAGUGCAAGAUCAACAGGAAAAGCCAUCGGGAUAUGAAUCAAUCGAUGAAAUAAAUUUUGAUGAUUUUAACGAUAUCAGUAUAAGCAGUAGUAGUUGUUCGAGUAAAAUUUUUUCUGAAGAUUCUUCGGAGUUUUACAGUUCUGAUAGCUCCUUUUAUGAUGAAGAAACUGCAUUGCGAAAUUAUGUUAGAAUCAAGAGUAAAAACUUAGACCAAGAUUUACGAUUUAAAACAUCACUUUUAUUGAAACCCGAAAAUAUAACAAAAAUUGAUUUGCAAGACUUUGAGAAAGAUCCACAUUUGUGUACAACAAGACAAAUCAUAUUAAAAAAUUGUAACAACAGAUUAUCAUGUACUUUAUUGACGACAGACCAUAGGCAUGUAGUUGCUGGCUCUUUAGAUUCCAUAAUUUACCUAUGGGAGAGAUCCAAUGUAGCAACAUCUCUGAAGCAAUCAUUUGAUAUUUUAAAUAAUUUUGAUAAUAUAGUGAACAAAAAUAGUGAAAAAAGUUCCUUAUCUUCCAAUUGUAACAAAAAUUUAGUUGAAAGUUUAGAAAAAAGUAAAGCGUUCAUUUUACGUGGACAUGGUGGACCUAUAUUUGAUUUAGCUGAAAUAUCUAAGACUAAAGUACUUCUUAGUGCAUCUAGUGAUAAAACAUUCAGAGCUUGGGAUUUAGAAUCUAAACUUUGUUUAGAAGUGUAUAAUGGACAUGAUCAGAAGACUUGGUGUAUUGCUACUUGCUCAAAUUCCUUACAAUUAGCCAUUGGAUUAUGUGACGGUAUUAGCUGUUUAUGGUUUUUAAAUUAUAAACAACCGUUAAGAUUUUAUUCUGGUCAUCUUGAUGAUGUUUUGGUUCUAAAAUUUCAUCCAAAUCAAACGCUUUUAGCAUCUGGUUCGUCUGACAAAACUAUACGCAUAUAUGAUGUAAUGAAUGGUGAUUGUCAAAGACUUUUGGUGGGCCACAAAGAUUAUAUCUCUUGUUUAGAAUUCCAUCCUGAAAAAUCUGAAUUUUUAGCAUCAGCUUCUGGUUGCGGUGAAGUAAUAUUAUGGAACAUAUUUUUAAGUAAAAUAAUAUGGAAAUUACAAGUGGAAAAAGUGCAAAUUUCGGAUCUUUCUUGGUCAACUACUUAUAUACUAUUGGCUUCACUAAUCACUGGUGUUGUCCUAAAAUGUGAUAUUACGGAGGAUUAUACGAAUUCAUCCAAAAAAGUAAAAGGAUUUUCAACCAAUUUUAAUCGUUUAAUGUAUUUAAGCAUAUUAGACUCUUUAGUAUAUACAAUAGGCAUUUCUGGGGAAUCAGAUUUUCAAAAUAAACUAAAAAAAAAACAAGCAAAGAGAGUUUCAAAGCAAAUGGAAAAUGAAAAAAAUUUGAGAUCUCAAAGAGAAACUUCACCUUUGUCUAAAUUAUUAUACAGCAAACAUAUUAAAAACAAUGGUACGUCAUCAAAACCUCUUUGUUCUUUAAAUUCAGCAUUUUUGAACAAUGAUUUUUUGAAAAUGAAUUUGACACAGCCACCGUCUAACCCAACUAUUAAUGAUGAAUCUAAAUUAAAUAUUGAAAAUCAAUCAGAAAAUGUUAGGUUAGUACCAAAAUCUUCAAAAAGACUGAUAUCUGCUGUACAAAAUACUUUAGAAGUACCUGUCAAAAAAGGUGUUCAGCUAACUAAUUCAAAUGUAUUCCAAAAAGAGGAUAGAGAAACUGAUGUACAGUUGUCCCAAGAAUCACAACAAAACAUUAAAUCCCCAAAUAAAAUUAGACCUCUGUUGAUGAAUAGUGUACAUGUUUCAUUGCCAACGUCUGUGACAAAUGUACAACAUAAACUUGAUAACAAUAAUUUAACAGAUGAUAUUCAACAAUCUCAAUUACAAAAUACCCUAGAUUCUGAAGUUCAAAAAACUGAUAUUGACGUUCAAAAUCAGUAUCAAAUGGAACCACGGAAUGAACGUCUUACAGAUGAUCUAAUAAAUAGCAUGCUUGUUCCCCUGACUGAACAACAGCGACUGCCACUUAAUGUUGUAACACAUGACUUGGAUAAUCAACAACAAGAAUUAAAGUACAAUAUUCCAUCUGCUGUAAAAUCACUAGAACAAGAUCAGCAGUUUCAAUCAGUUCUAGGAAGUAAUACUAACAAUACUCAUGGUAUGGUACAACAGUUACAGUCUAAUAUAAGUACAACCAAUGUUCAAGUUAAACAAACAGAUAAGCCUGGUAUUAACAUUCCACUUCGAUUGCUGAACCAACAAGCUAAUAUUCAAUCCUCAGCUGUUAAUGUUUCCCAGCAACAACUAGCAACUGUUCAAUUACCUAAUGUCAAUGUUAAAAAACAAAGAAAACAACAAUUAAAUGUUCAAUCACCCAGUGUUAAACUUUCUCCAAAACAAAUUAUUGUUCAAACAACAACUGCUAUACCACACUCAAAUUCCCAAUCAUCCAAUAUUAAUAUUUCACAAAAACCGACUAAUAUUCAAACAACUGCAAUACCUCAAGUAAAUGUCCAAUCGCCCACUGUUAACGUUUCAUCAAAAAAAAUUAUUGUUCAAACGAAAACUGACGUCCCUCAGCAACCACAAGCAAAUGUCCAAUCGACUAGUGUUAACAACUUUCCCCAACAAUUUGGUAAUAAUGUUCCUAGACGAAGAAUAGAUCCCAAAACUUUCCCAAAUGUUCAAGCAGCACUAUUAGGUCUCAGUCGACCUAUUAACUCGGGUAAAACAUUACAAAAUAAAAAAUUGCCAAAAAAAUAAUUAGGUAAAAUAAUAGGAUCUCAAUCUAUGAUUUGGUAAUUUCACCAACCUAACCACAGAUUUUAACUUGCACAAUGAAAACUGAUUAAUAUUUAAUUAAUU